AUGACUCCUCAAACACCUCGCGGCCGUUUCUGCAACAAUGGAUCUGUGUCUACGUUUCCUCCUCCAACAGGUAUUUAUACCAUAAUUUAUCAGUUAAAAAAACUUUACAGGAUCUCAUUCGAAAAACGACAAAUCGGGAACUACCCUCAACAAAUCUGGAAAUACCCUCACAACUACCCUCACCGUAAGUUUGCAAAAAAAAACAGAAAGAUUAAUGAGAACAGUUUAAAGGUCUCCGGCGAAUGGAUUCAAGGAUACAUGACUAAAGAGAAAAAUGCCAAGAAGAUUGUCAAAUCUUUCAUGACUCAUAUUCUGAUGAAUAUAACUUCACCACCGGAGAACAUCAAAAAGUUUCCAAUCCGGACAUCUCGCAACACAAAGAGUGGAUAUGAGGAGCUGCCAGCGGAUGUGACACACGAAAUUAUAACAGCAGAAAUUCGAAUGCGGAGCCCCGAAUGGAACGAAUUCAUCAAAGAUUCAUCGUCAAUUUAUUAUCGAGCUCUUGUGCGAAAUCAGCCGUUCCAGUCUACAUCAUCUUCGCAUCCGGGUCCGCAGAAGAGUCAAAUGCAUUUUAUGACAUUUCGAAAAAGGAGAAAUACUACAGGAUUUGGAUCUGUAUGCUUAUUCAUGAUUCGAGGAGGCCAGAGCUACGUGCUCAUAGAAGAAUAUAGAUCAGCAGCUGCUCUAAGACUUGAUUUUUCAAAAUUAGCUCGGAACACGCAACGUUUGGCUAGGUCAACUAAACUUUUUGCUGACAAUAAUUGUGACUCUCAUAUAGUUAAAUGCACUAACCUAAUUGGUCUCACAUUGAUCCCCACUUCUGAUGUUUUAUCUCCUUUCCUAUCAAUCCAGUUUGAUGGAAACACUUAUUUCUGCCCCAUUCGUUACUCCCCCAGUGUUGUUAGAUAA